AUGAUCUUCGGCGACAACCACCUCACCCUCCACCACACCCCCACCGCCUACACCCUCACCUUCACCCCCGAACCAGCCCUGGACCUAGUAGACAAAACCGGCUCCACCGGCCUCCUCAAAGUCCACUACGCCACCGCCUGGUCAGCCACACGAGAGAAAACCUCUGCUGGAAUCAAAGAGGUGGUCAAGCCCUUCGAUUGGAGUUACACCACCUCCUACCGCGGAACCGAAACCCCCGGUUUGGGUGGACAAAAGUUGCAAAGGGAUGACAAUGCGAGGAUACCAGUCGAGCUGUUACAGAGACGAGACCCGAUAUUGUUCGCCGAUGAGGUUGUGCUCUACGAGAGCGAGCUGGAUGAUAACGGGGUCAGCGUCUUGACUGUUAAAGUCAGGGUGAUGGAGCAGAGGAUGUUGGUGCUCUGCAGGUUUUUUCUGAGGUUGGAUAAUGUUUUAGUUAGGGUGAGGGAUACGAGGGUUUAUGUUGAUUUUGGGGAGGAGAGGGUUGUCAGGGAGUAUACGGCUCGGGAGGGGGUGUUUGGGGAAGUGAAGAAGAAAUUAUACAUGGAGGGUCUGAUGCCUGAUCAAAUCACCAUUGCGUUCAGGGAUGCAAACCAGAUUGCGCAUUUGCUCCCCGUGGUGGAGCAUGAGGUUGAGAGUGUUUGUCUCGAGGCGGAGACGGGGCAGACACAGGAAGGCAGGUGA